UUCUCUCUCUCUCUAUGUGGCUGGUCUCCAAUCCAGAGCCAAACCUCAUAUAAAUAUCUACCAAAAGGAGGUUGGCCGACCUUGUUUUCAGGCUCAAACCCUUGAAGUUUCAAGUGGGUAAGUGCUCUUUGAUCUGUUUUCUGGGUUGUUUGUGUAUUUCUUCAGCAGGAUUGUGCCUAUUCUCAUGUGGGUUUUUUCUGUGUAAUGUGGGAAUUUUGUUGUUGAUUGUGUUUGGAGGUGUUUGUUGGCGGAAAACGGGAAGUGAAGGAGACCCAUUUUUGAAGAGAGGGUGAGAUGGGUUGCCUCAGAUCCAGGGAACCCAAGUUUUGUGGGAAAAAGUUCUGACCUUUUUAGGGUUUCCUUGUGAUUCUUGGGUCGGUUUCCCUUUUCUUUCCCAUGAACCCUUUUGCUUUCCUUCUUGGGUUUAUAGAUAAGGGUCUAAUUUGGGUUUUGCUUUUUCACUGUAUGUGAGGGCUUGUUGGUGGGAAUAGGGUAUAGGCCUUUAGUGGUUGGUUCGGGAAAUAAUUUGAUGAACUGUAGGGUCUUGAGGGCUCAAACUGCCUGUAAAAAGCUGGAAAUAUCUCUAUGUGGAAGGCUAAAUCCAUUGUUCAUCACCAGAUCUGAUGAGCCAUUUGCGUUCUUCUGAUAUUUGGCUCGUCUCUGCUUUUGAUUUGUUAUCGGGGCUGUAAUAUUGUGUUUUCCCUGUAUUCAUUAUUAUAAAAAGAAAUUGAUGAGCCAUUGAGAUUCUCUCUUAUGGAAUAGGAGUAUUUGAAACUUGAAACUUCCAAGUUUUAUACCAAAGUCCAUUGGUAGAAGGAGAUGUUGGGAAUGAGAAUUGGCAGUUAGAUAAACUCUGUUGCUAGAGAAGAUAAUUGUCAAUAGUACAGUGGGGAAUUGAUGGAAGAGAUGUCUCCUGCAGUUUCUGUGACACUUAGUUUAGGUAGUACUAUAUGUGAUAAUUCGGGAAUUGCAACCCAUGUGGAAAUCACACAGCUCAAACUGGUAACAGAUACUGUGAGCUUGUUAUCAAGCCCUGCAACUGUACUCUCUUCAGAGUCUGUUUGUAGUGGUGAUGGAAUUCGAAAUGAUGUUAAGAGUGAGCCCAAUGGGGUAAGUGAAUCCGAAGCAGAAGAAGACGGUGGUGGGCGAAGAGUGACUUUGUUGGAGAUGGUACCUGAAAAGGGGAAUGGUUGGAUUGAUAGCGGUGACAUGAUUCAGCAUAGCGAGGAAGAUGAGAUCUUAGCUGUAGUGGACAACACCAGUAGAAUUAGUCGUGAGGACUUGUUGGCUUUGGUUGCUGGGUCUGAAAUAAGCUUGCCAACUUCUGUGGAAAUUGAAAAUGUUGAACAUGGUCAAAUUGUUGCUAAGGCGAUUAUAUUGCGGGAAUCCUCUGAGAAGGCGCCUGCUGGUGAACUCCUUGCCGUGGCAGUGAACCCGGAUGCAGUGUUGUCUGGUGGGUCUGAUUUGAAGGCAUCUGCAGUGGUUUUUCAGUUGUCUACAGACAAGAAUCUCAGCAAAGGAAGUGUGCGAAGUGUUUUCGAGCUGGAUUGUAUACCCCUUUGGGGUUCUGUGUCAAUCCAAGGGCAAAGACCAGAAAUGGAGGAUGCGGUUGCCGCUGUUCCUCGGUUUAUGGAAACUCCCAUCAAAAUGCUUAUUGGCAAUCGGGCAAUCGAUGGAAUGAGCCAAAGAUUCACCCACCUAACCACUCAUUUUUUUGGGGUUUAUGAUGGCCAUGGAGGCUCUCAGGUUGCUAACUAUUGUCGUGAUCGAAUCCAUUUGGCUUUGGCUGAAGAAAUAGGAAGUAUCAAGGACGAUGUGGAGGAUAACAGGCAUGGGCUGUGGGAGAAUGCCUUCACUAGUUGCUUUCAAAAGGUUGAUGAUGAGAUUGGGGGGGAAGUUAGCAGAGGCAUCAUUGAAGGAAAUGCAGAUGUUUCUGAUGCUAGUUUUGAGCCUAUUGCUCCAGAAACUGUUGGGUCUACAGCAGUGGUUGCCUUAAUCUGUUCAUCCCAUAUCGUCGUCGCCAACUGUGGUGAUUCAAGAGCAGUUCUAUGUCGUGGCAAGGAGCCCAUUGCACUAUCAGUUGAUCAUAGACCAAAUAGAGAAGAUGAAUAUGCAAGGAUUGAGGCAUCUGGAGGCAAGGUCAUACAAUGGAAUGGCCAUCGUGUUUUCGGCGUUCUUGCAAUGUCGAGAUCUAUUGGUGAUAGGUAUCUGAAACCAUGGAUCAUCCCAGAGCCAGAAGUCAUGAUGGUGCCUCGGGCUAGAGAAGAUGACUGUCUCAUCUUAGCCAGUGACGGGUUAUGGGAUGUCAUGACAAACGAGGAAGUAUGCGAAGUAGCUCGAAGGCGGAUUCUGCUGUGGCACAAGAAGAAUGGAGCCCCAUCCCUUGUAGAAAGGGGCAAAGGAAUCGACCCUGCAGCUCAGGCAGCAGCAGAGUACCUCUCAAUGCUUGCUAUCCAAAAGGGAAGCAAGGACAACAUAUCUGUGAUUGUGGUGGACUUGAAAGCUCAAAGGAAGUUCAAGAGUAAACCCUCAUAAAACCUCACCCCUAAUCUGGUUCUAAUCCAUAUCCCUAUAUAUGAUAGAAAAAUUACAUAUCCUUAAUACAUAGAGCUUGGUCCAUUCAUUUUUCACAUGGGCUUUACGUAGUUUGUACAAGAAUAGCAAUUAGUAUGUACUAUAUAGCAAGCGCAUCCGAAAAUUCCAUAUCCUCUCUGCUUUUGGUAUCA